UUUCCGUCUUUCUCACCAUAUCUAUUUGUCUCUCUAUCUCUCUCUUCCUCUCUUUUUCUCCCCCCACCCCCACCCCGGUUCUGUUCUGCUGGAAAAUCUAGUUCCUUCAAUGAUUCCCUAUUUCAAAUAAAAGGAUUUAAGUUGACGCGUGACCACGUGAGCACAUAAUGCAGCGCAUUAUUGUGGCAUUUGGAGCGGACACCGAGGCGGGCUUCUUCUGUGAUUACGUGAUCCCAGAAUCUGUUCAGAACGAGAGCUUUCCUUCCCCCCCCCCCAUGUCUUCCCCUCCACCCCCACCUCCCUUCUUCUCUUUCCCCUUCUCCUCCUCAGAGAGCUUUGCGUGCUGGCUGCGGUAUUUUAGGGCUCAUGGACAGAUUACUGCCGAGCUGAUGGGACGCGAGGCUGCAGGAGGAGGAUGGAUUUGGUUUUAAGGUCUGUCGGGGGCGGCCAUUGGCAGAGGAACGUCACGUGACGGAGGGGGGUGCCAAUGUUCGGCUUCAAGGGUGUCAAGACCCUGUCAGUGUGUGAAAUAAAUACUGGGAUACAACGAAAUGCAAAAAGCGACCUACUACGACAGUUCGGCAAUCUACGGCGGCUACCCAUACCAAGGAGCAAACGGUUUCACUUAUAAUGCGAGUCAUCAGCAAUAUCCUCCGCCUUCGGCGCUGGUGGAAAGCGAGUACCAUCGCCCGGCCUGCUCCCUGCAGUCCCCCGGCAGCGCCGUGGCCCGCCACAAGGCCAAUGACAUCAACGAGAGCUGUAUGAGAACCAUCGGGGCCCAAGGUGGCCAGGCUCAGGGCCUUGCCGAAUCCCAACAGCCUCCGCCACAGCCCCUGCAGCAGCCCCAGCAGCCCCAGCAGCAGCCCCUGCAGCAGCAGGCUCCACCACCAUCUUCCCAACAGCCCCAGCAGCCGGCUCAGCCCCCUGUUCCCUCGGCUCCAUCGUCCUCACAGCCCCCUCCCUCUGUCUCGCCACCUCAAAAUGCCAGCAGCAAUCCAGCCCCCACCAAGAGUCCCAUGCUCAAUUCGCCUACCAUGUCCAAACAAAUCUUUCCUUGGAUGAAAGAGUCUCGUCAAAACACAAAACAGAAAAACAGCAGCUCCAGUUCAGGUGAGAGUUGCUCUGGCGAUAAAAGCCCCCCGGGGCAAGCAUCCUCCAAGAGGGCUCGAACAGCUUACACAAGUGCCCAGCUGGUGGAGCUGGAGAAGGAAUUCCACUUCAAUAGGUAUCUGUGUAGGCCCAGGAGGGUCGAGAUGGCCAACUUGCUCAACCUUACCGAGAGACAGAUCAAAAUCUGGUUUCAGAACCGCAGGAUGAAAUAUAAAAAGGAUCAGAAAGGCAAGGGCAUGAUGACGUCCUCUGGGGGGCAGUCCCCCAGCCGCAGCCCGGUGCCUUCUGGUGCCGGAGGGUACCUGAACUCUAUGCAUUCUCUGGUCAACAGUGUCCCCUACGAGCCCCAGUCGCCCCCGGCCUUUAGCAAGCCUCAUCAGAACGCCUAUGGCCUCCCCAACUCCUACCCAGCUGCCCUUAACAGCUGCCCACCUCCUCAGAAGCGGUAUUCGGGGACUGCCUCGGUCACUCCAGAUUACGACCCUCACCCCCUCCAAGGCAACGGUAGUUAUGGGACCCCACACUUACAGGGAAGCCCCGUCUUCGUGGGGGGCAACUAUGUGGAGCCCAUGAGUAAUUCCGGGUCUUCCAUCUUUGGUCUGACUCAUCUGCCCCAUCCUGUCUCAGCCAACAUGGACUAUGGGGGGCCCGGGCCCAUCGCCAAUAACCAUCAUCAUGGACCUUGUGAGCCCCACCCCACCUACACAGACCUUACAGCUCACCAUCCUUCUCAGGGAAGAAUUCAGGAGGCGCCCAAACUGACCCAUCUGUGAUGGACCUCGGGGUUGAGUGGACACAAAGUCAACCCACUUCUUUCUUUUUUAGUUCUGUUGUGGUUUUUUUUUUCCCCCUUUCUUUCUUCCUUCCUUCCUUUUUUUUUUUUAAAAUGGUCCUUCCUUCCUUGUCUCUUUUUCUCCUCUCUCCUCUCUCCCCUCCCCCAUCCCCUCUUUUGUUUUCUUGGGUAAAGCCUUUUUAUAGUUUAUAUGACGUAGCAAUAUUCGUUGCUUGAAUGGCUCUAGAGUUUCCAUGGUGAUAUUUAUCUGCCCCCAACUCGAGUCCUCUGGCUCUCCUUGGCUGGGGUAGGGUGGGGGCGAGAGGAGGGGGCUCCCUUCCUUCACCUUCUUUACUCUUUUAUCAGAAACAGGGUAUAUGAACAAAUUUUCUAGCCGAAUUCUUCAAUGUGAAUUUGUUCGUACAUUAUGGCUCCCGAGAGGAAGCGAUUAAGUUGUGUUUUAUUAUUAUUAAUUAUUAUUUUUAGUUGUUUUUUAUUGCACUUCUUUUAAAGAGCGAGAAAGGAUAUCAAAGGGAGCUUUGAAACAGGGUCUCCCUGGACAAUAAUGAAUCUGUGUCCGUCUCUCGAUGUGUGUAUGCUGGUGAACAGUCAGAUUUAUUUAUAUUUUUUUUGCAAACAUUGAAUAAUCUAAGUGUUUAAAUAUUAUUUAUCCCCAUCCGUUCAUAUUUAUAUUAAAAAAAAAAUCUCCCCUGCUCCCCCCCCCCCUCCCAAUCUAUACCCUGAUUGUUCAGGAGCUGUCCUCUGACCUUUUGUUCAGUAGCAGAUCGGCGUCCUACCACAGUUUGGUUCGAAAGGGAAAGAAUUCCCUCACCAAGAUGGUAACGAUUGUAACAAAACCAGAGAGAAGCCACGUUUUCCCUUUUUUCUUUCUUUUUCUUUUUGUCAACAAUAGUUUAUGCUUGGAACAUCGGGCUAAACGGAAACCCCCUUUUCCUCCCCCCAACAAUCUGUAAACGUGAAAAAAAAAUCCCAGAUUUGUUUCGAGAGGUCUACAUUCCUUGCUGCUCACGUUCUGAAAAAACAAAAAAAAAACAGGAAAAAAAUAAAGUUUUUAUUCUGACUAA